AUGGAUUAUAAAGAAGAGCAGACACAGGAAUUAGAAGUUCUAGAGUCAAUUUACCCUGAUGAACUGAGGAUCACAAACGAUGAGUAUCCAAAGAUCAAAUUUGAGGUAGACAUUAAGUUGGAGCUGGAUACGGGUGAAUCCACCUCACCUUUGACAAAGGAGCACAUUAUAACUGCAGAGUUCAAGCUGCCAGAAAACUAUCCAGAUGAACCAUGCACUAUCUCAUUAGAAGCGCAGGAAGUCGCCCUCAAUGAAGGCCAGGAAGAUGAAGACGAAGAGGAGGAUGAAAACGAAGAGGAAGAAGAGGAGGACGAGUAUGAUGACAACGGGAAUAAGAUACUGAAGAAGUUCCAAAACCUGCCCGAUACGGUUAGUUUUAAGGGAUACCUACCCGAAUUAACGGUAAAGUUGGAAACACAAAUCGAAACGGACAUGUUGCUGGGCAUGCAAAUGUGUUUUGCUCUUAUUUCGUCGAUAAAGGAGAAUUGUGAACAAUGGUACAGCGAGGAAUUGGGCAAACUGGAAAAACAACACGAGUGGGAGUCUCAAGAGCGUGAAAAGAAGGAACAAGCCAAGUUCCACGGUACGAAGGUAACAAGAGAAACGUAUUUGGAAUGGAGGUCCAACUUCCGCAAAGAGCUGAAACUGGAUGAAAGAGACCAGGUAAGAAGAACGAAGGCCCACCAUGGGAAGCUGACCGGGAAACAAAUGUUUGAACAAGGUGUGGUGGGCACAGGCGACGAUUUCAUAGAGGAGGAUGGCACGAGUGUGGACGAUGUGUCCAAGGCCCUCGCCGAUACCGAACUAGUAAAUCAAUGA